UAACCUGCUCGCUUUUUGUGAUGGCUACACGUGUUCGACCGGGCAAUAAGCGAUGUGCAGUCAUCGGGGGCUCGGGCUUCCUGGGCAGACACCUGGUGGAGAAGCUGCUGGAUCGAGGCUAUUCAGUGUCUGUGUUUGAUAUCCGGCAGAGCUACGAGCUGCCAGGUGUAGUUUUUCACAUGGGAGAUCUCUGUGACAAACAGGCCCUACUGACAGCUCUGAAGGAUGUGUCUCUGGUUUUCCACUGUGCCUCCCCAUUCCCUGGGAGCGACGACCGGGCACUGUUUGAGAGGGUCAACAUUCAGGGCACGCAGACUGUUAUCCUGGCCUGCAUCGAGGCUGGAGUACAGAAACUGGUCCUGACGAGCAGUGCCAGUGUGGUGUAUGAGGGGACAGAUAUUAAGAACGGGAGAGAGGAUCUACCUUACGCCAAGAAGCCCAUCGACUACUACACAGCAACCAAGAUUCAACAGGAAAAGCUGGUGCUCGAGGCGUGCGACCAACAGAAGGGUUUCCUCACAGUGGCCAUUCGACCUCAUGGCAUCUUUGGUCCUCGAGACCCUCAGCUGGUUCCCAUCCUGGUGGACACAGCUCGCCGAGGCAAGAUGAAGUUUAUCAUUGGCGAUGGAAGCAACCUGGUGGAUUUCACUUUUGUGGAGAAUGUAGUUCAUGGACACAUCCUGGCUGCUGAGACCCUCAAAUCAAACUCCCCGAUCUGUGGGAAACCGUAUCACAUCACCAAUGAUGAGCCGGUUCGGUUUUGGGACUUCAUGUCUGAAGUGCUGGUGGGUCUGGGCUACGCCGCUCCUCGCUAUCACCUCCCCUACGCUCUGGUGUACGGACUGGCCCUGCUGCUGUGGCUGCUGACCCUUGUCCUCCGUCCUUUCGUGUCCUUCAAGCCGACGUUCACGCCGAUGAGAGUGGCUUUGGCUGGGACCCACCAUUACUACAGCUGUGAGCGAGCCAAAGAGGACAUGGGCUAUAAACCCGUCGUCAGCCUGAAGGAGGGGAUCGCGCGCACGGUGCAGAGCUACCCCCACCUCAGGCGAGGGGCUUGAUGAGGCAAGCGGUGAUGGAGAUGAUCAGGUUGCAGUGAAAAGGGACAUUUAAAAUGAUUUAAAAGAAAAAGCCUGUUGCGUUUCUUCCAGACAUCAUCAUCAUGGAUUUGUGUAUUCAUCAGUGAUCAUGAACAGUUUCCACCAGCAGAUGGCAGCAAAUUAUCUUAUUUAU